AUGAGCAAGGACCAGUUCAAAAGAAAUAUAAGACUUUCAGUAUCUCUUUAAGGAGAAUUUUGGGAUAUUUGAAACCAUGUUCUUCUUAUUUUAGACCUGCAUAUCAUCGUGCUAAUUUUAAGUUGCUCUUCAAGGUAUAAAUCUUCAGUUUUGGUACUAGAAAAUCUAUUUUCAUGUUCUUUUGACAGCAAGUAAAUCCAGGUAUUUUGUUUGGACAGAAGGCCAUGAUGUCUUGAUUCUUUGUGAAGCUUUAACGAGCAAACCUUACAAUUUUAAACCGAAAAGCAGUGAGAGAGAGAAAGUAUGGGAAAGCAUUGCUGCCUAUUUGAAUUCUCUGAUGAGUCGAGAGCUCAGGGUUACAGCUAGGGCAGUGAGAGAACUGGAACAGGUUAAGCAAACUUAUGGAUCAUGUCUCCAUAUCUGCAUGGGUAUGAAAGCCACUUUAGCAGCAUGCAGAGACCUUCUAGUCCAUCACAAACAGAGCACUGACUGCAGGUAGUUGUGUCAGGGAUUUGCAAAACUCCUUCAGAAUUCAUAUAUCUCAUUUUCCACAGCAAAACUCUGCAAAACUCUUAGACUCAUCAACCUCUUCAGGUCAAAAGGUACGUAUAAAUUGUAUGGAAAGUUGAGGUUUUUCUACGCAUAGAGGUUGUACAGAGCAACAAAUUCAUCAUCAUCAUCAAUAAAGCCAUUGUUGUGAUUAAUUAGAAGCAGAUUUUGGAUGUUUCUGAAAGCCAUAACAAGAGCAACUAGUCAGAGAACCAAAACUUGUUGCCUCAAAACAACACACUGCUUAACUUUUGUUUUUUGUGCUGAGAAUGAAACCCUCGACCCAAUCCUCCUUGGGUAAUGAUUGUUGUUGUCGUGCAUUUCAUUGGCAAUGCUUAAGGUCCCUAAGUUUAAGACAAAUGCUUACACAUAACUCUUUUAUUCUACCUAAAUGAUUUAACAUAGAAAUUAUAUCCUACAAAAUCUUGAAAACCCAGUUCCAGCAGGGAAAUGUAUAAUUAUAACAAGGUUUAAAUAUAGAAGUGAUCCUUGCAGUUAUGAACACUACUGAACUAGUAGUAGAAAUAAGGCCUGAAAAAAAUUCAGGGCCAUUUGUGGCCUCUAAUAACAGUACGAUUCAUCAGGGCAAACCUCUUCUGAUGCCUUUCCUAUUCCUUAGGUAGGAAUCAGUCACAACCCAACAAUCAUGCUAUAAUCUUUCCAGAUCAACAGAAAUUAUCUCAACACAAUUUCCCUAAGCUAAGCAUUUUUUUCUUUGUGAAGUAGAAGUUUGAUCUCAACUCCUGUGACAUUCUACCCUUCCAGUUUGGAAGGAAGAAAAAAUUUUGUACCAGGUACACUGCAAAAUUCUUCUCUGAAGUAGACUUUGAUUGAAGCAUGAAAAUUGUAGAAUCAUUUAUGGUAUAUUCCUGGAUGACUGAUGGCACUUGUAUAUGCGGCUCUUGUGUAUAGGCAACACUGUUUCCCUAGAGACAGCAGGGUAGAAAUGAUUGGGAUGGGUUUUAAGGACUCCAAUCAGAGUGUCAAGAUGUUCCAGUGCUUGUUUUUGCUGCUCAGAAAUAUUAUUUAAAUAUUCCAGUUCUGCAUGUAUAGUUGAGAAUCAGGUAUGCUCUCCAAGAGAGCAAAUGGAAUAUUAUGCCUUAUUGGCAACAGGAAUAGAGUGAGCCAUCUGACUCCCACUGAAGGAAGUGUUGGGGGAGUUUGUGGAGUUGUUCGAAGUGAAAAUGAUGCUGGUACUCUAUGUGGCUCAAUUUUUGGCUGAAAUCAGUGAUAAAAAUGAAGUUGAAACAAAGGCUGGUGAAGCUGGUGACAGUGUAGUUGGUAGUGGUAGAGUCUCAAAAGUAGAUGGCUGGUAAGGUUGAACUGGACUGUUCUGUAAAGAUGGACCAGGUGCUGGUGGUAGAUACACUGAAAUUACAGUGGCUUCAACCAACUAAAACAAAUUGUUAUGAGAAAAGACAUAAAGUACAUGUACAUGUAGCACAUGGACGUAGCCCUAGUUCUUCACUGUGAAGAACUAGGUUUAGUGGGAAAUAAAAAAUGGACCUAUGUGUAGUUUCUAAACCAAUCACCUAGUUCUAAAACUUAGUCACAAUAAUUUGCUUCUAGAUUACACACAAUGUAAACAAGUCAUUAUAGAAAAUUAACCAUUUAUGGUGGCAACAAUAACUUGAGAUAACAAAGCAAAGUGUAACACAGUUGCAUCUAAUGUCAAUCAUUGAUCAUUUCCUGAAUUAAAAUUUGCAAAAACUGUGUCAUUGUUAGUGAUUGUCUUGGCUUGCUAUCAUCUAUGGUGAAUCACUUUUUCAUAGCCACAAGCUAUUGGUGCAAAAGUUACAUGCUUCAUUUCUUUUGUUUGUUUCACAUCUAAAGGUGGGAUAUUAUUGAUAUGAUCAGUCAAAGACUUUACUGACUCCCUCUUGUGUUAAGGUGUGUUACUUCUUGCGUGUAUUGUUGAAAGAUUUGAUGGUUUUUUAAAAUGUAUGUGCAAUUAGCAAGAUAAAAAUGACGUUGCUGAGAAUGAGUUCUCUUGUGGGGAGUAAGUAAGGAAUCUACACUGUUGCUUUUCUCUUCCAGAUUUUAGUUUUCUUUUUUGGUCCUCUUGCAUACACAACAAAUUAUAUCUCAGACUGACUAAAAAAUUACAAUCAAUUGUUCCUUUAUCUCAUGGACACACCUUGAUCAAUUGUUAGCUGAUUGACUGUAAAGAUCUUUCAGGCAAAAGAUAUACAAACUCAUUCAUUAGAGCAGACAGAGUGUAUGCUGGAUUUCUGGCCAGAUAUUCCACAAUCACUACAUCAAUAUCAGCUUAAACCAAUACCAAUUAUCCUGUUUCUGACACUCUCUUUCAUGGAUUCCCUUUAAAGUUAUUUCAUGGCUAAUUGGGGACAAUAAUGUCGUUUUGCCUUUGAACCUCAGUCAUUUCCUGUAUUUCUUCAAACUCUGAAGACUUACAGAUCUUUUAUGAGCGGUUCUGUUAGAAUAGAUGAUCAACAUUUACUGAAAUUUACUUUGUUCUUUGGAAGUUAUUCUAUAUCUUAUUCCUGAGAAGUUAUUACGUGAGGGUAACCGGAGAGAGAGUCUUAACCUGCAGGCAUUUUUUUUCUCCUGUUUUGGCAACUAAGUGGGAGGCCAUGGUCCCAGUUCCUUGUGUGAGAAAAAAUGGACGAGAUCACGGUGAGAUGCUCGUUUCUUGAGGUAAAAUUCUGUCUCCUUGAGGUCAAAAGGGAAAGAUUUGAUUGUGAUCCUAGCAAAUACUUGUAUAAAAACUUGAAAGGUUGUAAAAUGUAUGGCUACAUUAAAUGAACACUUAGAUCAAGGAGGAAUACUCAGAGUAUCAAGUCCAUACAUAAAAUGAGAACUAAGUGGCAUUCAAUAAGAUCAAAAUUGCAUUGAAAACCAUUGAGUUUUAAAGUUUUUGGAUUAUUUUGUAUCUUCAUAUAGGUGAUAAAUGAGGAAAGAUGAACGUCGAAAAGCAUAUCUUUAAGUAUUGACAUUGUUUUCUUGUAAUUUCCCAUAUGGUGAGUAUAGGAGUGUAACUCAUUAAAGCAACUAUGCAAACUACCAGCUUUCUAAUGAUAAAGAGAAAAUCCUGGUCCUUCUAUGCUCUAUGUUGAUCCUAGUAAAACAAUACAAGUGCCAUAUUGUCCAGCAGAUGUUGUAUUUGGACUAAAUCUAGGACAUAGAUGUGUUGCAAUGAGUUGUGUAUUUUAAAAUAUCACAAUUUGAAAGGAAUAAGUUACUCUCGUGACUCAAAACAAGUUAUACAUAUUUUAAAUCAACUUUGCUGUAGUUUAUCACAACUGACAAGACAAUCAUAUUUACUGCUAACUGGAUCACCAACCAAUGCAAUGCUCACAGAAUCAGAUGAAAAUUACCAGCUGUAAUACAGUGCAAGCUAUAGUGGUAAUGUCCAUGGAUAGUCUACCAUUGAGGGAUAUAAAUACUGUGUAGGCUUAAAAAGAGGUUUUGAGCCAUUGUAACCAGUUGAACACAGAUCAUUUGUUUUGGCAAUUGGUUGUACUACUGCUGCUACUGUUUAUUUUCCUGAUGACGGCCAUUUUAAAGUGUUUGACACUCAUGCAAGAGAUAUUUAUGGUAACUGUCAUCCUCAAGGGACUUUUGUACUGCUAGAUAAUUAUAUCUGGACCAGCAAUAAAUAGAAUUUUGGGAAAUCAAGAAGAACAGGCUUGGAUAUUCAGGAUUUAAUGGCAGAACAGAAAACUACAGUUCAGUGUUUUUAAAACACAAAUUUGAUGCAAAAUAAAACAAAAAUAUAGUGAAAUAUUCCACUUUCAUUUUUCGAAGGGUAUCCUUGUUAACAUUGGCACUUGUAAGACAGACAUAAAACUUUAAAAUCCUUUGUGCAUUCAGUAAACACACUUUUCACAUUUUCCUUUGACAAAACUGAUACCUGAUAUAGUUUAGCAUGAGGUCUGGCAUAAUCUGGGUUAAUAUAUCAAAUGUCUCUUGUGAAUCAUCGAAAUGUUUUUCAUUCACUGGAACAAUAUCAACUAAAGACAACUUAGUGCUAUACUUUCAAAGUUGAUUAGAAAUUACUGAAGUGUAUGGACUUAAAGGUUUGCAUAAAGGUAUUUACAGAAAUAGAUUUUGCAGAAUAUUUGUUAUUCUUUAUUACAAUAAACCAAUUAGAGCAGAGCAAAGACAAUGCUCAUUUACAUAUAUGAUUUUAUGGUUUGAAAAUUAAAAUCUUUGACACUAGUGGAAAGCAUGGAAGAAUGAUGUGAUUUAUUGGAUGUGCCUUCAGUUUGGCAGGAAACAGUUAAAAAAAAUGAAUUAAAAUUGGGAACUGUUGACUCGAGAGUACCAUGCAUAUGGAGGUUUCAAGUAAUGAGGUCCUGACAAGUGGCUCAUAAAAGUGAAGAUACACAUAAUUUUUGUAUUCAUGUGACCCUCUUUUGACAGAUAAAUUUUUUGUCAUUUAUAUUUUUGCCAUUAGGUCAAAUGAUUAGGUUGCAUUUUUCAUGUCAUCCACCAGUGCAGAGGCAGUCAGUCAAUGGCACUCUUUUACCCUUCACCUCAUGGCUCCAAUGGUCCUUAUCCCUACAAUGUACUGUACUGUGGGUGGAGAGGUAUUGCUGGCUGAGGGAGUGAUUUCACUCUUGCUUCAAGUGUUCCCUAGUUCUCUGGUAGAUUUUCCCUAGAAUGUCCAUGUUCUAAGUUCAGGGCCCUUCUGUUGGCUGUUGCCUAUUUAGCACAGCUGCGGGCUGUCAGGUUUUAUUCAAGGCAUUCCUGGCAAACACUGGUCUCCAUUGUUAAGGGGUCUCCUAUCACUACCGGCCUUUCUGUUAUAAAAUGCUGACUUCUUUUUUGUCUCCUCUGGUUAGCUUCUUCUAAAGGUCAUCAUCUAGGUGUUAGGAUGUUAGUGUGCUUUGGCUGCUUGGAAGCGUUGUUGGCAGUUUAUGUUCAAACAAUAACUUGUGGGGUGAUAGAAUCUAGUCACCAAGUGGAGUUGUGCCAUAUGUCCACAAGGCUGUGUGAGCACAUUCAUUCUACUCGAGUGCCUUCCUCAAGAGUGAUUUGCAGGUCUCAAUUGUUCUUUCUGCCAGACUGUUUGUAUGAUGGUGGUAUGGAGAACUAAAGUGCAGUGUGAUGCUCAUGGCCAGGUUGGAGGCUGCAAGAUGGAUAGUUUGGGUUGAGAUGGCUGAUGCUUGUUACACAAAUCAGAGUUCUUCACCAUUUGCCUAAUAUUAGUGGAGAAACUGUACCAGAACACUGAUUCUCUAGCUUGGAGGAUACAUUUGUUCUCUCCCUGGUGUUUCAGGUGGAUUGCUUGGAGAACUUGGUUUCUCAUGAAAGCUGGUAUGUGAGGAAGCUUUAAUGUGAGGUCGCAUCAAAAUAAUGAUAAUAAUAGUAAUAAUAAUUUAUUAAAUUUCUAUCGUGCAAAUAUCAAUAUAAAAUUUUCAUUUGCACAUUACAGUAUCGUUAUAUAUCUAUAUACAAGUUGAAAAUACUACAUACAAAACUAAAAUAUGAUAAAAAUUAAUUAAUAAUUACAAUGAUAUAAAUUAAUAAUCGAAUCUAAAAAUUGAAAUGAGAUCACAACUUUCACACUAAAAACACCUUAAAAUAAGUGAGUCUUUACUUUCUUUUUAAAUUGGUGUUAUACUCUCUGGUAAAUCAUUCCAGAGUUUUGGGGCAGCUACACUAAAAAACCUGUCACCAUUCAUAGUGAGCAACUUUAUUGAACAAUAAUUUAAUGUCAGACUUCUUGUAGAUCGAAGACUAUAUUUACCCUUCUGUUUAAUGGUAAUUAGCUCACUAAGAUAGUGCGGGGUUUGCCUGUGUAUAACUUUAAAGGUAAUAAGUAAAAUUUUAAAAUCUAUACAGAAUUUCGCAUGGAGACAUUGAAAUUCUCCAAGUAAUGUUGUGACAUGACAAUAUUUUGCCUCCUUAAAAAUUACCCUUGCAGCAGCAUUUUGAACAUGUUGUAAUUUCUUAAGUUGAUAACUAGAAGAGCCAUAUUGCAAACUGUUACAAUAAUCUAGGCGGCUAGAUAUGAAUGCAUGAAUAAGAGUUUCUGUAGAUUGCUGUGACAAAUAUUUAUGGAUUCUCCUGACAUUAUACAAAUGUAGAAUGCUGUGGAGCUGACUCUAGUAAUUUGCUCAUGUAUCGACAAAUUAGAGUCAAACCACAUCCUAGAUUUUUUCCAGAAAUUUUGACUAGAUAUUCUCAGCCCCAUCUCUUACACGACUAACAUUAAUCUUAGCAAGUUGUUGAUGUGUCCCAAUCAACAAAAAAUCAGUGUUAUCUUCUGUCGUGAGGAGCCUAUUUCUGAGCAUCCAGUUUCUGACAGCUUUGAUGCAGAGUUCCAUAGCUGUAGUAGCUUGCAUCUGGCCUGUCUCGUGUACUGGGCUGAAGGAAACACAAAGCUGAGUGUUGUCAGCAUGACAAUGAACUGAUGGUAGAUGUUCAUGGAUGACAUUCAGUAAAGACCUUGGGUAAACGGUAAAGAGAUUUCUCAUGAGAGUUUGAUCCCGAAGGGUAAUCGUUUAAAAAGGUAUUGUUCCAAGGGGGUGUCAAAUGUAGCAAGCUUGAUGCCAAUAACCCUAUUUAGUGUCAACAACAGAGAAGAAACUCUUUCCAUGUAGCUGCAGCAGGAGCUCAUCAAUGCUACAUGUUUAUUAAUGCUGCUGACAUAUAUUCUUGUUGAGGUCUUUUGGGUUGAGGCAAAGUCUGAUUUCUUUUUACCUUCUGGGGUUUCUUUGAUGUUACAUACAACUGAGUUCACCCAAUUGGUUGGGUUGUUCCUGACAGUGAUGACCUCAUCUGGGACAGUGCACAGCAGGUGAAUGACUGGAACUGGGUUGUCAAAUCGGUUGAAUGGGGUGCCUCUCUCCUGGGAAGCAACCUAACUUGUUGAGGAAAGCUUUGUACUCUUCCAAAACAGUGGGCUUGGUUAGCUGACCACUCAGUUACUUUCCUGGUGGGGGAAUGGUAUUAACCUCAUCUAAAUUUGCUGAUGUUAUUCCCAGAUAUUGGGAAUGUCAGAAACCAAGCAUGGAUGGGCUUCCUGGGAAUCCAUGAUGUUGAAUUUGAUAUUGUCCUACUUGUCCUUUAAGGAGACCUUUAAGAUAGGUGCACCAACAUUUUCUAUCUCAGAGCCUCCAUAUCCUCUUAAAACAUCGCUACAUGGAAGAAUGGAAAGCGGAAAAAGGAAGUGCUGGAGAUCUGUGGUGGUGAUUAUGCAGACAUCUGCUCCAGUAUCUACUUUCAAGCUGAUGUUGUGGUUUUCAUUAAUUAUGACCUUGGCGUAUAUCUUGUUUGGAUGGCUCUUAAGGGCAUAAAGUGCAUUUCUUGAGUUUGCUGCCCCUUUGUUUGAGGUAAAGGAUCCAAGCAAUACAGCGAUGGGUUCAGUGUUGCUUAUUUCUUCAUCAUAUGUGUAGACACCAUAAUUGUCAUUCAUGGGGUAGUCAUCUUCUUGGUGGAUGUUUAGGCCCUGGUACUCUGGACCACUCACAGUGUGGUAAACCUUUUGAAAAUGUUGCUGCAUGCACACUCCUGCAUAGUGGCAAGUCUUGGCUGAACCUUUUUGAUUUUGGUCACCCUGCAGAGGUUGAUGUUGGAAGCUCUGUUUUAGUGGGUCAAGUAUGCAGAUUCUCAUUGAACAGUGUAAAAAGCAGAUUUCUCAUCACCUUUCGAAAUUUUCUUUAUUUGUGCUGUGGUGCUUUCAUCAACUUUUACAGGGUCAUAUACUUGUUCUAAGGUCGGCCCAUUGCCAAGUGGUAUUUUGUCUUUGUGUACCUUAUCAGACACCAUGCCAAAUACCACUGUACCUCGGAGGGUAUUUUCUUCAGCAGAAGGAUUGUAUCUGCCAUCUUCUACUAACGUUUGCGCUUUGGUGACAAACGCCACCAGUGGUCUAUUUCCCUGCCUCAGGCAAUUGAAGUUGGCAUCUGGUAAGGAUUUAAUUACUUUCUGGUAGUGCUCUAAGUAACUAAUGUCCUCAACAUUGUUCACCUAGAGGACCCAGUAUCUUCUGAGGAUCCCACUUCUGACUCCAUGUCAUAAAGUAGAGUCCGGAGACAAGUAUGAGUUUUCUUGAAAUCUACUUUAUUUGCCAUGAGUUCAAGCAAACAAGUGAUUGCAAAACGCUAAGAGCGUGCAUGCCCCUAUAUGGCCUGUCAUACUACUCAUACUGUGACAGUGUUCAUUCCCCAAAUGAUGAUGAUCUAGACUAACUGCUAGAAAAAGGUUUUGUCAUGCACAAGAGAUUUGGACGAUUUGGCUGAACAUCCAAAUGCACCCAUAAACAUUUCGUGUUCUUUGGCGGAGGUGUGCUUUAACCAUUAGCAUUUUCACGGCAUUUGGACUUGGCCAUUCUCUUUGGGUCUCCUGAGGAUCUCCAUUGGAUUUACUUUUCUCUCUGAUUGUUAAACUGUCACUCCUGUUUCUCAUAAUGAAGCUUAACUGGUACUGUGUCAAUCCAUAAUUAAUGAUUAAUGUUUAACUAAAGAUGAAUGAACAAAUUGUUUUUUUAAAGUUAUUGUAAAGGUAUAUGCUCAUAUUUAACUUAAACAGUGAUCCAUUCACAUGCGCAGGUUUAGAGCUCUAUUUGAUUACUUUUGGUCAAUUUGCGUCUUUGGGUUUCUACUAAUACAUUUAAUAAUGAAAAUUGCCGACGGAAAAGUUGUGUAUUCAACUUUUACUAUUUACAACAAUACAAAGAGAAAACAAUGAUUCAUGUGUUUGGUUUUUAACUGAGAAAUUUAACAACCGUGAAAACAGUUGUUCCUACAGUAAUUUUUAAUUUCUUUAAAAGUAUAGCUCAAGAUUAGACUCAUAAAUAUGUUUUGCAAAGCCAUAGAUACAAACGAUGAAAAGCUGAAGGUACAUAAUUACAAAAUUAUUCUUUAAGCAGAUCUUACAAGCAAUCCGUAUUUACUUGUGUAUAAGUAGACCUUUUAUGAGAAAAAAUCAGCCCAAAAAAUCACCCUCGACUUCUACAAGUCGUACACGAUGACCUGACCCAAGCAAUUCGAGAAAUUAACAUACCGCUAACUAUUGCCUGAAGUCCAUUAGGAAAACCAAGUUUACAAAACCGGUUCUGAAUGUAGAUAGAUGGUAGAUAGAUAGAUAGAUAGAUAGAUAGACUGUUUAUUCACAAAUACAUCGCAGUCAUUAGACUGAAUUGCGUAUUUCACAGAGAAAUAUAUAAAUAGGCAAAUGUUAAAACUAAUCACAAACAUAUGUACAUGAUAUAAAAAUAUAAGUAUCUAAUGGGAUUAAAAUAUGUAUAGUUACUAGCUAAGCACUACGCGUUGUUUGUUGCUAGGCAUCUUUGGACAUUGCAUACACAAAGGACUGUCUAAAGCGGUCUGUGCGCAAGCGUGGUAGAUUAUAUGUUCUCUGUUGUCGCAGGCAGUAGCUUUGUUCAUUUCUUGGAGGCAGUAAGUUGUGUAGUUUAUGCCCCGAGUUGUUGGCGAUUGAAUCAAAGAGUCGUUUACAUAGUUCAUUGCGUCUCUCUCUUUAGCGUUGGCAGGCCUAGUCUGUCCAAGCAGUCCUGAUAUGACAUAUCUGGGAGAAUUAUGGAAAGAACUCUUUUCUGUAUUCUCUCUAUAUCCUCACUGAGGUAAGCGGGAAGCGCGUGAUGGAAGAGGGGAGCGCAAUAUUCUAGAACAGAUCUGAUUGUUGUACAGUAGAAAUCAACAAUGUCAUUACAAGGUACACGAGCCCUUUUCAGGAGAGCAAUGAAAUAUAUCCGCUUGUUUGCCUUCUUAAUGCAAUCUACGACGUGAUUGUUCCAUUUGAGAUCACUAGAUAUGGUAACACCUAGGAUUUUGGCGCAAUCGAUGACAGGAAGGGCUUUGCUAUCUACUACAAGUGGAAAUAAGUUAUGAGGAUUUUCUUUAAAGUCAAUAAUUAACUCUUUGCACUUGUCAGAGUUGCAUCAGCUGGGAUUGGGACCAGGUGUCCACCGCAGUAACAACGUGUUGUACGUCACCCAGGGAGCCACGGGGUAUGGUUUGAGAGAUGGUAGUAUCAUCUACGUACUUCCACGUUGGGGCGUCAACUUUGAGAUCGUUUAUCAUGAGCAGAAAGAGCCAUGGUCCGAGUUUGGUUCCCUGUGGGACCCCGGCCGGGACUGGGCCCCUCUCAGAGAAACAGUCUGCCGACAGUUUUACCCGUUGUUGCCGGUUUAUCAGGAAGUCGGUCACCCAAGCUUUGAUGCUGCGUGGCAUGUCAAGACCAUUGAUCUUGGCAACGAGGAUCGUAUGAUCAAUGAGAUCAAAUGCCUUUCGAUAGUCAAAUAGCACGACCCUGACGGCUGCCCCUGUCCCAUCAGUAGCCUGUGACCAGUGGUGAAACAUCGAGAUCAGGGCGAAAGAGGUGGAGGAUUCGGGGAUGCCGCCAUACUGAUCAUAGUCGAUCUUCUUGAGUACUGCGGGACCAACAUGAGUGGCUACAACGAAGUCUUCCGCGAGUUUCGAGAUGGUGGGGGUCAGGGAAAUGGGCCGCAGAUGCUUACUUAGGUCUUCAACAGGCUUCUGUUUGGGUAGCGGUACAACGUCACCUCUGCAUACUCUCGCAGGAGCCAAAUAGGAACACAGUCAGGUCCGGCUGCUUUACACGGAUUUAAUUGCUUCAAGGCAGUCAAGACCGUAGACUCGGAUACAAACAACACAUAGGGUUCAUCCUCGUGGGCUGCGAUUGGCAUUAAUGGCUGAAAGUUUUCCAUUGGAGCAAGAAAGGCUGAGUUAAUUUUGUUGGCUAUUUCAAGUUCGCUCAAAUCGCCAUCCAAAUGUAAGCUGGAAAGAAAAGACUCUGAUCUGGAGCAGGGGACCAUUCCUGCGACCCGUUUGACAGCGUUCCACCACUGAGAGGGCUUGGUGGACUUGAGAUGGUCAACUUUUCUAGCAAAGUAGUUGCCGCAAAGUGAUUUCCGCUCGCGGUUGACGAUGUUGUGGUAGCGGCUGAAGGCGUCCUUAUCUCCCUUGUUGAGCGCUUGCUGGCGCAGCUUGAUAAGGUUUUUAAACUCUGCGGUGAUCCAUGGCGCAUCAUUAACGUGUGUCUUGAAGUGCUUAACCGGCAUGAUGUGAUCCAUACCGAUCUGAAUUAUGUCAACGAACAUGCUUAACCUAGCCUCGCAGUCAUCUCCAUUAACUGGAGACCAGUCAAUCGACGAGAGAUAGCGUCCGAGUUCCAACUUUCUACUCGGUCGUGUGUCUCGCCUUGCCGUGGUUCUCAUACUGCAACCGUUGCCCUUGGGUCUCGCUAUGGGUCUCACUAAGACAGCAUUGUGGUCAGACAUGCCAAAGGGGGGAAAGGUUUGCACAGCGUUUGAGUCGUAGAGCUGUGGAAGGUUAGUAAGCACUAAGUCCAAGAUUUGGUCACCCCUUGUGGGCUUAUCUACGAGUUGCUUCAGCUUGAAUUGGGUGGUCAAACGGCGAGUAUUUAAGCGGUUGAAAUCGCCGCACAACUUGAAACUGCAACCGGGGUACUCUCCUUCCAAAGAAGUGAGGGACGCAGACAGAUAGUUCACAAGUGCUGCAUCCAUCCUUUGAAGCUCUUUGGUGUUCCCUUACCCUAAUGUGACCAAGGCAGGUUCUGAUGUUGUUACUUGAACAAUGAGAUAGAUUUCUGGCCACAAAUGAAUUUAUUUAUACAGGAAAGUACUAAAACAGAAGAGAGAGACUGAUGGCUAAAAGAAAUAAAUAACAAAUAGCAAAUCACUAACAAAUAAUUUACAAUAAAAUAAUGAAAAUAAAACAACUAGUAAAAGUACAAUAGAUUGUCAUGGCAAUGCACUGAAUUUAACAAACAAGACAAUAUCAAAGUAUUACACGACAGAACAGUGCUCAUUGUGUGACACUUAAUAAAAUACUAAUCCUCUUAUCCAAACAUAUAACUAUUGAAUAGUGAGCUAUUCUUAGAACUGAACAUAAAAUAAAUGAAAAAAAGUAAAUACCGAUAUAACAAUAGCUCAAAACAACAUAAUAUUAAACAAAACUAAUCUCAAUAGCAUUUUCAUAUUUUCCCUUUGACAUAAAACUAGGAAAACUGGCAACAUAUUCUGUGACAGGACAACAUCUGUCAUUAUUCAUGAACUAAACAAUGAAAACUACAAUGAAAUAUCCGAUUUCACCAAUGAACUCAUUCUACUAAAGUAUUGCAUAACAUGUCUAGUGAAUGAAGGUAAAGAUUAAUACAAUGUUCUGAAAUCUGACUACACUCUAGACAAAUUUUGAACAUGAAUUAACUAAGGAUUCAAGCAAAGACUAGACAAUUGGAUUGAGAUAAGUACCUAUGAACUGUAUUAUUCUUGAACUUAAACUCUAAGGCAUAAUAACAAGGUCAAAUGUGACAUAAUAAAUCCUCAGUCAAAUAGGUCACCAACUUACGGUUACAAUGGAGUUACUUUUUGUGACCAAGCGGUCCUGAGCUUGUAAGUGCAGGUCUUUACACUCUGAACUACUGAAUUGAGCUAACAAACUGUACUUCUUUUAUGAGGAAUAAAACAAUAGCAGGAAAUUCUUAUGAUUUUGAAGCUAGGUGUGAUAGAGUGAGAUACAGGAAAUUUAUGAUGCAAAUGCUGUGUGGGAUGAUUUGAUUACCAACAGUAAAUAGUUUCUGUAGAUGUAACUCUAAAAUUAUGGCAAAAAUGUCAUGCAUUUUGGAAGCCUGGUCACACACUCCCCUGCUUAACAUUUGUCGUCCUCAACAUGUGAACUUAGUUAAUCAUUAAAAUUAUUAACCUAAAUAUAUAUUCCAUAUAAUACUAACAAGGCAGUUAUCACUAGAUAUACUGAAAGUUCAUUGACUGUAAUAGCUAUGGAAUUUGUUGGUGCAGUUCUUGGUUGUUUGAAUUUAUUCUUGUGUUUUCCAGCUGUUUCCCACCUUGUUCGUCUUGGUGCUGUAGGUAAAGUCUCUGAAUCUGGGUUCUCUGCUGCGGGUAAUGAUAAGAAUGGGCCGAUACGGCUUUUUUGAAUCGAUACGAUACCGAGUACGACACUUCCUUUUUUCUUCGCUAUCGAUACCAAUACUUUGACGUCAUUGAAAUAAAUGUAAGUCACGUGAUCUAAUUGACUAAAUUAAGGCACUCUCGCACGGUUUCCGGUUCAGUUCUCUAUAGUAGCAUCAACAAGACAGUCAAGUCAAAAAUUUCAAUUUACUGGGAGACAUUUUUAAUUUUUUCGAGGAAAUGAAGAGAAACUGCAAUGGUACAAUCUUUAAGUCAUCUGCAAGUGCACAAUGAAAUUUUACCAGCUACUGCACGGGUCACUUAUAAUAACCGAACACGGCUACUUGACUUAUUAUGGAUCUUGCGCUUUAAUACUCGAUACAUCAGAGCCUCCCUGGUAUACAGGACUAUACAGAAGGGCCAUACUUACUAUUCGACGAGUGAACAUAGGGACUUGAUACAUAUUACUAGACCUCAAGUGAAAUCAAUAUCGUUAAAAAACAAUAUCAGGUAACUAGCGUCUACUUUACUUUCAGCCAGCCAAGUUAGCUAAAAAAAAAGAGCUUAGAUAGCAGCAGGUAAAGAAAAAUCUCAGAUAUUUUUGUUUAAAAAUAAGAAGAUGUUCACAAUCUUUGGCUUCAGCCGAUUACGCCUCAUGGAGACUAGCUCCCCUACUUUAGAGAACACCCUUUUGGCGGGAACAGAUGUACCAGGGAUGCAAAGAUACUUCUUCGCAAUUUUUGCGAUAAGUUCAUAGUAUUGCUCAUUCUCCUUCCACCACAGUGAGGGAUCUUGAAGUCUUGCCAGCACUGGUUCUUCACAAUACUUUCUGGCUUCCAGUGUUGCAUUGCUGGUUGAGGUUCUUUGUGAUGUUGACUGCUGGACCACUGAGUCGAAGAGGUCCCACAGGCCAGCUGCUUCAGUUGUAUUACUGGGCUGCCUAUCUUCAUUGGAAUCAUUAGUCUGGACAUGCCAUGACAUCUCCUGAACAACCCACUACUCUGCCUGUCUCAUGGCUGGAGAGUCACUGAACGCCAAUUUCUUCAUCUGGGGAUCCAAUAAGGUCGACAUCACCAGCAUGCAAGCGCUUUCAAUAUUUGUGAAGCGGUGUCUCAUCUGGUAACUAAGGUUGGAACCCAGGGGUGUGUCCUUUUCUGUAAUCGCACCAGUCAAACACUGUCGUGAGUUCGCCAGAGGUAUCACCUUAAAAAUGGAGACAUGCUUGUCGGCAGAAAUCUUUUUGGUCGUUGCCUCACAGGGUUUCAAAACGGCCAUGGCAGCUUUCAGCAGGCUCACAUCAGAAGAUGAAAGACACAUUGCAUUACAACCAGAGAAACAAAGUGCUGUGGUAAUGGCUUGAUGUUGCUCCGUGAUGCGUUCCAACAUGUAGUAAGUUGAGUUCCAUCUGGUUUUUACUUCUUGGAUGAGUUUGUUCUCGGGAAUUCCCAGCUGCAGUUGUAUCUCCUUUAGCUUUUCUGAGGCCUUAAUGCUGAAGUGGAAAAAGCUCACAAUGUCCCUGCAGCUCUUUCUAAGCUGAUGGAUCUUUGUUUCAGCCUUAAUUGCCUCAGAAACCACUAGAUUCAGGGUGUGUGCAAAGCAAGGGACAUGUGUCCAACCAGUGUGUCUGACGGCGGCAACAAUGUUGGCAGCAUUGUCAGUAACCAUCGCAACAACUUUUCGGGAAAUUCCCCAUUCUUCUACAACUUUUGGGAAUGACGCCGCAAUGUGCUCAGCCGUGUGGUCUUUUUUUAACCCAAACAUCGCUAGAACCAGGAACUUGAGUUCCCACGUGGAAGUAACAAAGUGGCAGGUGAUAGCAAGAUAACUUUCCGUUGUUCUUGAUGUCCACAGGUCACUAGUCAGAGCUACGUGAGAAAUCUGCAGAAGUUCCCGCUUUAUCUCUCCAGCACGGGUUGUGUACAUAUCAGGUAGCAAACUUCUCAUUAUGUGUCUUCUGGAGGACAGCUGGUACCAAGAAUCAAGCAAACACACCAGCGACUGAAAUCCGGUGUCCUCUACAAUGGUUGCUGGUUGCAUGUUGAUUGCAAUCAUUCUUAUAAGGGCCUCAUCAAUGUUCUUGGUUCGUGCGCAAGUCGGCGAAUACUUUUGCCAAGUUUGUGCCAUCUCUGAUAUGGUAUGCUGCUGUAGGUUGUCAGUGGUCUUAUGCCUCUUGGAUGCUUUUUCUUCCUCCUCUUUUCUCUGGUUUUCAGCUUCCUUGUGCUGAGCCGGGUGUUUUAAUUUCUAAUGCUAUAAAAGAAAAUAUGAAUAAUCUUCAAUUUAUAAUACAAUAUUAAAAAGCCCUUCAGUGGACAAUACCUUAAAUAGAUUUGACGUGUUGUUUGCAUGCUUCACAACAUCAGACCAGAUAGUGCAUUGUGAGGUUCCCACAACUUCGAUAGACCUUGUACAGAAAUGCCACACAGCACUCCUCAGGCGCUUUCCUGCAUCAAAGUUUCCUGAUGAAGAGGUGUUUGUCUCGAGGUCACUGUUAGCAAAAAUUGCAUUUCAGUUGUGAAUCGCUUUUGGGAUAGACUUGGUUGUCUACAACAACUACAACUAUGGUAUGUACUAAAAUAUAAUGGAGACUUACGGCGCUUCCAUUGGCACUUGAGAAUUAGAAGUGACCUCUGAAACAUCUGACAUACUUCCCAGAAACAGUUAUGGACAUGCAAGUCAAGUUUAGGAAACGGAAGCAAGAUUAAGGGCGUAUUUAAAUCGCAGCGCUCACAUUGUCAUUCGCAGUCGUUGCUGCGAUUUGUAGAGUACCAGCAAAUUAAUGCUCUCACGAUUCACCAAAAAUUAUCGUUUCCACAAUAAUAUGGACGAAGUAAUGUUCAGGAGCGAAUUUCCUGUGGGAAAUCAUACUUGAAAGACUUUGCUGUCGUCUCGUGCUUAUCUAUCAUUGUUUUUUUUUUUUUUUCUUUAAGUCAGUAACCUUUCUCAGUGCUUUUCUCCCUCAAGGUUUUUCUUUAGUAAGCAAGCAUAGUAGUUUGCAACUCAUUUUUGUUACUCCAGAUAUGUCCUUGUAAUGCCUGGAUUGUUGUGAGUUGUGAUUUUGUUGUCGUUGUGUUGAGUGACUUAACAUUUACAGUUUAUAAAGUCGGGUCGGGAGAAUUAACACAAACCUCUUAGUCUGCACCGUCUUCUUGGUCAGUUGCAAUAUUGGAAUCAGUUGAUGUACGUUUGACAGGUUUGGGUCUGGCCUUUCUGUUCCUUGUUUGGACUGACUACUUAUCCUCAGGUUACCUCGAUGCACCUUCUUAAUUUCACCUGGACAAUCCACAGGUUCCACUGUGAAAAAUGAUACAAAGUUGUCUCGUGGGACAUCGACAACUUUGUACAGGAUAGAAUCCCAAGCAUCUUGAAUCUUGUUACGCCCACGUACAUGAUUUCUUAGAUACACUAGUUGACCUUUCUGAAUUGGGAUGUUGUACUCUCUCUCAAAGUGUUGGUCUUGUCGCUUCUCAGCCUGUUGCUUGAGGUGCUCCUCUGCUCUUUGGUACGCAUCUGUCAACCUUGCCUGGUGUUCUGCUAGCCAAUCAGACUGGUUUUCAUCAACUUCUUCAUCUCCGCGUAGGAGUAAAUCAAUUGGAAGUCGAGCUCCCUGUCCAAACAUAACAAAAUGAGGACUGUAUGUUGUAGAUCAAUGAAGUGUAGCAUUGUAAACAUACAACAACUCUGGUAGGUGUUCUGGCCAUUUGUGCUUCUUUGAUUGUGAGAGAGUUCUAAGCAGAUCAUGCAUUGUUCUGUUGAACCUCUCGCAUUUUGCAUUUUCUUGUGGGUGAUACGGUGUAGUUUGUGUCUUCUUGAUUCCAUAAAGUCUGCAAAGUUUAGCGAUAACUUCACUUUCAAAGUUUCUUUCUUAGUCUGAGUGGAUUCUGAGGGGAAUUCCAUAUUUGAAAAACCAUUCUUUUACAAGGACUUUAGCUGUUGUAGUGGCUUUCUGGUCUCUUGUUGGAAUUGCAUAUGUAAACUUGGGGAAGACAUCAGUCAUAAGAAGGACAUUCUCCCUUCUAUCCGUUGCUGGUUCAAGGACUGUAAAGUCUAUUGCUAAGAUUUCAAGUGGCUUGGUUGCCAACAGGCUUCCCAUGGGUGGUCGGACUCUGGGGUUUGGCAUCUUUGCGAGAGUAAAUCGUUCACAUUUCUUGAUCUAAUUCUCUAUGUCUGAGUACAUCUUGGGCCAAUAGCAUCGUUCUCGAAUCAUUUGAAGGCUUCUCUCUAAUCCCUGAUGUCCUGUAUCAUCAUGCAGGCUGGUAAUGACUUUUUCUCUCAGAGUUGCUGGUAACAGAAGUUGUGUCAGUUCUCCAAGUUUGGGAUCCUGUACAAUUCUGUACAUCAGUCCCACUGUCGUAACAGGGAGACACACUGGUGAGAAAGUUUUUUUCUCUCCCCAAGGGUAGGUUUCAUGCCUUUCUCCCAAAACUUCAAAAUUCCUUAAUUGCAGGGUCUGCCUUUUGCAUGUAGCUAAGUUCUUCUUUCGUGUGAGUGGGAAACGAUGUUGUAGCAAUCACUGUAUCAUCUUUAGGUAGCUUUUUAUCCUCAUCUGAUGAUGGGUUGGUUGUGGAUAAAUUAUGGUCUGGUUCAUGUAUGGCCAUUCGUCUCACUUCUAUUGGGAUAGGUGUUGUUACAAUUGCAUGACUCGGGUCAGGUGGUACAGGGGUUGCCAUGGUAACUAUGGACUCUACAUGUGAUAGCUCAUCUUCCUUUGAUUCUUCUGUUUCAUCUGGCAUUGGUCCACGAGGUUGACGUGAUAAAGCGUCAGCGUUUGCAUUUGAUCUUCCACUCCUGUAAUUGAUAGUGAAGUCAAAUAAAGCAAGGUGAGCUGCCCAUCGUUGUUCUAAAGCACCGAGCUUGGCAGUUGUUUGCAAGCACUUCAAGGGGUUGUUGCUAGUGAAGACUUCAAAUUUUGACCAAGUAGGUAGGUCCAGAAUUUCUCAGUUACUGCCCUUUUUUAGGACUAACAAUUCAAGCUUCAUGGAGCUGCAAUUUCUUGGGUUCUUCUCACUUGGCCUCAGUCUUCUACUUGCGUAGGCCAUGACUUUGCGCUGACCAUCCUGGUCUUGGGACAGGACUGCUCCAAGUCCAACAUGACUGGCAUCUGUUUCCACAAUAAUUGGUUUGUUGUUAGUGUUCAACGCAUUAAAUGCAGUUUGACAUUCUGAGUUCCUACGCUUCAUGAAUGAGACAUUCAAUUUCUUCUCUACUUUCAGCUCGUGCAAACAGUUGUUCACUAACUGGUAUAGUGGUCCAGCAAUGUUUGCAGAGUCUUUGACAAAUCUUUGAUAAUAGCUGCAGAAUCCUAAAAAUUAUCCAAGUUCUCUGACAGUCAUUGGUGGUUUCCACGCUGAUACAGCUUGGUUCUUGUCAGGGUCUGUUGUAAUACCACUAGAUGAGAUCUAGUGACCAACAUAAGAGACUUUGAACUGAAGGAAUUUACACUUCUCUGGUUUGUGCUUUAGGCUAUGUUCUCGGAGGCUUGUGAAGACUUAGUCAAGUUUCUCAAUGUGCUCAUCGAAGGUAUCAGAGUAAACAAUGAUGUCAUUUAAGUACACGAGCAGUAUUUGAAAUGUGUAAUCGUUCAAACAAGUCUGCCUAAGCCUUUGGAAGGUCGCAGGGCUAUUGGUCAUUCCCAUGGACAUUCUGUUGUAUUCAAAAAUUCCGAAUGGUGUUGGUCCUCUUCAUCCAUAGCAACUUGAUUGAACCCACUUGCUAGAUCUAUAAUUGGAAACAAUUUUGCAUUACCGAUGGCAUCAAUGGACUCUUUGAUUCUUGGUAACGGGAACUGAUAUCUGAUUGUCUUGGCAUUGAGACGUCUGUAAUCAAUGCAUAGCCUCAAAGAACCACCUUUUUUUCUAACUAGCACAAUAAGGACUGUGACUUUCUUGAAUGAUACCAUUAUCCAGAAGCUUUUGUACGUGAUCCUUUGCCUCUUGAAACUGGUUUGGUGGAUUUUCCGGUGAGACUGCGACUGGCACUUGAUCUAUGGUUGGGAUCUUGUGUUUGACUGUCUCUGUAUAUCCAAGGUCAUUUCCAUCUGUAUAAAACGUAUACAACAGGACAACUCCGAAUAAAGACUGUAUUCCAGAAUAACAAUAUACAAGACAGCUUUCACGCAUUCCUUUUCAUUUUUCUUUUUUAGAGUUUUCAUCAAGAGUUCAAAGUUCAAUUCGUGGGGGGUAAGAAACAUACAAAAAUCCACGUGACACUCUCGGUCCAGUUUUCAACACCAUCCUUUGUGAAGACACUUGUAUGCUUCUGAAACAGGCUCUGAAGCUUGUUCUUUUGUUCAGGAGUACAUUUUACAUUUCACAAAUCAAUUGGACACACAGAGGGCUGUUCUUGCUUUUUUUCUGUAGUGGAUUCUCUGACAAACACAAUCUCUUCAUUGAUUGAUACUCUUUUGAAGUCGAUGUUUGUUUUUAUUAUCCUGAACAUCUUUAAUCUCGUGGAGUACUCCUAUCGGUGUGAGGGGUUGAAGCCAGACUUCUUCGUCAGUAAUAUUAGCGACUCUUACAUGAAACUGUUCAUUAUUUACGUGAGUGAGAGUAUUGAUGACAACAAGGUUUCCUAGCACUUGUCCAUUCAGUGGUUCCACAAGGACAGCAGUGUUUCUUGUUUGGGGUCCCUACCAUCCGUUGAUUCUAACAUCAGAAACUAAUCCAGCUAGGACUCUAAUCAGGGACUUGUGAGCUACUUUUGCAAAACCACGGACUGAGAUGGACUUGGUACCACAUGUAAUCUCCAAUACUUUGCUCCAUUGAGGGGAAAUUUCUGCUUUUCCAUUCUUAAAAGGUUCGUGCAGUUGGGCAGUUAUGUUCAUCCCUAUUAGUCCAGGGAUAAUCUUCUUGCGUUGCCUGGCCUCUUGACUUGCUGGACUUUUUACAACUAAAAUUCCUCUUCGUGGGAUCAUGACUCCCAAGGCUUCAACGUCCAGUUCUAGGUAUCCAACGUACGGUAUUGCUAAUCCAUUUGCUGCAGUUAAUCUGAACCAAUCGCCAGUAGGUAAAAGAGUUUUUCCUAGGGGGCGAGAGUGGUCCUUGAAAAAUUCUUCUGUAAUUGUGGAUACUUCAGAUCAGGAGUCUAAAAGGCAAGGAACGUCUGCUCCACCCAAUCGUACUGUGACCACUGGGCACUUUCCAGCUGCUUUUUUGUAUACUGUUGACUUAUCCAUAUUUAAGCCAUUGCUGUCCCCUCCUGUCAGUUGGCUCCUUAUGACAGGGGGAGUUAGUUUAAGGACUUGUCAGGGUGCGCUUUACCUUGUGGUGGACCUCUCCUGACGGCUGGGUUGUCCUUAGCCUCUCAGUUCCUGGCAAUGUGUUCAUUCUUGUUGCAUUUGAAGCAAACAGUAUUAGAACCCUGUCCACUCCAUUCCUUGGCUGAGUGUUGGGUCCUUGGCUGUUUAAAUUCUCUAACUGAACUCGUCAGUUCUUCUAAGGCUUCUUGUUACUAUAGAAGGACAUCCAAAACCUUAUCCGUAGGGGUGGUGGUGGAACUAGCGUGGCACUGAGAGCUUUCAGGUGUGGCAACCGAUAUUUCUUGAGAUAGCAGGGGUCUAGGCAUGAUUUGCUGUGGUCUCUCCUCCUCGUCUGACUAGCAUAGUGCCCCCUCCCUCAAAUCCAAGAAUGAAGGGUUACACUCCCUGAUGAACCUCUUCAGUUCUUUUCGAAGGAAGGGAUCCUUCACAUUGUCUUCAAAUUGGUCUCGCAGAGUCUUCUCUAGGUCAGGGACUACCUUUGGAUCUGCCUUUGUAGCAUUCUUGAGUAGUUCGUUUAAGGAAUGCGAGUACGCUCGAAGUUUUUCACGCUCCUUCUGCUCGAAGAGCUUUAUGAGUUGAGAGCUUGAACGUUUCUUCCCAAAUGCCUGUGUAAGAACAUCCUGGAGAAAGUCUGGGUUACUUCUAUCCUUCUUGCUGUACAUUCGCACCUCUGGCCCUUCCAGAUGAGAAGUUACGAAAUCCACUCUCGCGGCUGAAGCCAUUUCUCUCGCCUCAAAGGUAAUUUUCACUUCUUCAAUAAAGUCUUCAACUGGCUGGUCAUCUUCUGUCUUCCUUCCAGUGAAACUUUUUAUCUCGAGGAAAGACAACAAUCUGCUUCUGUCCAACCGUGGUAGGUGUCAAUGGUUACAAUGAUGAUGCUGUGGCAGAUUCUUUGAGAGCCUUGAGUUGGUCAUAGUCUCUUCGUACUUCUUGGUCAAUUCGUCAAGGUGUUUCUUUAACUCCUCUGCAGACAUGAUGAUUUGAUGCUAGUGCUGGUAUUGCAACCACCCUUUUAUAAAGCUGAUUUUUUUAAAAUUGGUUUCUGAUUUUUUGUACCCUGCUUGCAGCGCCAAAUGUGAUUGAGGCAGGUUCUGAUGUUGUGAUUUGAACAACAAGACAGACUUAUAACCACAAAUAAAUUUAUUUAUACAGAAAGUACAAAAACAGAAAAGGGUGGUUGCAAGCUAUAAGAAAUAAAUAACAAAUAGCAAAUCAGUAACAAAUAAUUUACAAUAAAAUAAUUAAAAUAAUGAAAAUAACACAACUAGUAAAAGUACAAUAGAUUGUCAUAGCAAUGCACUGAAUUUAACAAACAAGACAAUUUCAAAGUAUUGCACGACAGAACAGUGAUCAUUGUGAUACUUAAUAAAAUACUAAUCCUCUUAUCCAAACAUAUAACUAUUGAAUAGUGAGCUAAUUUUAGAACUGAACAUGAAAUAACUGAAAACAAGUAAAUACUGAUAAAACAAUAGCUCAAAACAACAUAAUAUUAAAUAAAACAGAUCUCAAUAGCAUUUUCAUAUUUUCCCUUGACAUAAAACUAGGAAAACUGGCAACAUAUCAUUUUGUGACAGGACAACAUCUGUCAUUACUGAUGAACUAAACGAUGAAAACUACAAUGAAAUAUCCGAUUUCACCAAUGAACUCAGUCUACUACAGUAUUUCAUAAAAUUUCUAGUGAAUGAAAGGUACAGAUUAAUACAAUGUUCUGACGGGUGACUACACUUUAGACAAAUUUUGAACAUGAAUCAACUAAAGAUUCAAGCAAAGACUAGACGAUUGGAUUGAGAUAAGUACCUAUGAACUAUAUUAU